GUUGAACGUUAUGAAGUUCGUAAAAUGUUGGGUGAAGCAAAAAAAUUUUUGGAAUCCUUUCCAUCUGAUUUCCACAGUGUUGAAGUUGAAAAAUAUUCUUUAUUGGCAAAAACAAAACUUCAAAAUAUUUGGACAAUGCUUGCAAAAAGUGAACAAACUGUUAGAAAUGAAUUAAAUGGAUUGUUAGAUGGACAAGUUACACCAAUAAUUGAACCAGCAAAAACUGAACAAUUAUGUUUGGAUCGUUAUAGUGAUAGUGCUAUUGAAGAUAAAUUAAUGGGAAAUGGAAAAGAUGAUGAAUUAUUAAAUCAAAAAAAGAAAAUUGCUGAACCAAUGAAAGAAUUACUUAAAUCGGAAGCUGAUUAUAUUGAGGAUAUGCGUCGAUGUAUCGAUAUCUACUUGUUUGCCUAUAAAACUGCUGGAUCAAUGUGCCCAUUAUCUAUCAGAGGAAAAGAACGUGAAAUAUUUGGAAAUAUUGAAGAGCUUUACCAAUUCCAUUCAAAAAUAUUUCUAUCCGAAUUGCAUUCUUAUGAACAAAAUCCAGAAGAUGUUGGGUAUUGUUUUAUUGCUUGGAUGGAAAAAUUGAAAGAAUUAUAUGCUGAUUAUUGCCUAAAUAAAGAAGAAAAUAAUUUUUUAAUUUGUCUACCGGAAGCGGCUACUAUGUUUUCGGUUGGUUGGAAAAAUUAAAAAAAAAUAUUUUACCAACACGGUGUUGAACAUAUUGAUCAGGAAUAUCACGGCUUAUCUGAAACCCUAUAGCGAAAUCCUGCCUUUUUUUAGCUCGGGACCGGGAACUUCGUAAAAAUCCGACUCGAAACCUGAUUUUUUUCUCAGCCACCAGACAC